AUGAAGAUCUGCAUUUAGCAGAGCGUCAGCAGCAGUCAUGUCGAAGUUUAUUCUGGGUUUAGACGUGGGCACCACGUCAGUAAAAGCUGUUUUGAUAUCGGCUGACUCCAGAAACGUGGCUGCGAGUCACGCUUUACCAACUGUUGCCGAUAUAAGCGGCGGUAGCAGGACAGAGGAGAGAGAGCAGGACCCUGGUCGGAUAAUAGAUGCUCUGAACCGGUGCAUGGGUCAGCUGCCUGCAGACAAACUGCAGCGUGUCUGCAGCAUCGGGGUGUCCGGACAGAUGCACGGAGUUUUAUUCUGGACAUCAAAGACCGGCUGUGACUGGUCCAGCGGGGACUUCUUCACCACCAGAGACACCAGUCAGCUGAUCACGUGGCAGGAUGGACGGUGCAGCAGUGACUUCCUGUCCUCUCUCCCAAAACCAGACUCCCAUCUCAGUGUGGCCACCGGGUUCGGGUGUGCAACGAUCUUCUGGUACAUGAAACACAGACCGGAGUUUCUGGAGGACUUCGCCAUCGCAGGAACCAUCCAGGACUACGUGGUGUCGAUGCUGUGUGGUCUGGACGGCUGUGUGAUGACGCCGCAGAACGCAGCCAGCUGGGGUUUCUUCAACACCUCAACCAAUCAGUGGAAUGAAAACAUUCUGAAGGCUGCCGGCUUCCCUUUGCACCUGCUUCCUCAGUGUGUGCCAUCUGCUGGCUUGGCGGGGGAGACGCGCUCCACCUGGCACGGCGUUCCUGCCGGCACGCCAGUAGGGGCCGCCCUGGGAGACUUCCAGUGCUCCGUCUACUCCUGCAUGAGCGCCACAACAGAUGCAGUUCUCAACAUAAGCACUUCGGCCCAGCUGACCUUCGCCAUGCCAGCUGGUUUCAAACCUCCAGAUUGUCCUGAACACACUUCAUCCAUCUCCUACUUCCCAUACUUCCAGUCCUCCUACUUGGCAGUAGCAGCAUCGCUCAACGGCGGGAAUGUGCUGGCCACUUUUGUGGACAUGUUGACGUCCUGGAUGAGAGAGCUUGGUACAGAAGUAAGCGACUCUUGCUUGUAUGAGAAGCUGAUUUGUUGCGCCCUGAACCAGGAAACCAGCAACCUGAGAGUGAGUCCCACCAUCCUGGGAGAGAGACACAACCCGCUCUGUCUGGGUCAGGUGACCGACAUCUCCGCCACCAAUCUCUCCCUGGGUCAUGUGACCAGGGCACUGUGUCGUGGAGUCCUGACCAACAUCAUCUCUAUGAUGCCUGCAGACACGUUGCAGCGGGCGGGGGCCACCAGGAUUGUGGGCAGUGGAAGCGCCCUCACUCGCAAUGAGGUGCUACGGCAGGAAGUGGAGAAAGCGUUUCCUCUUCCGGUGGUCUACGGACAGAACGCGGACUCUGCUGCUGGUGUGGCCAUGGUCCUCUGUGACCGACUUUGAAUGUGGGGUCCCACCUUGCCUCACUGUUUACAGGAAUAAUUGAGAUUUUGCACAACUGUGAUUACUCUGACCUAUUACAUGGGAUCACUUUGUUUAAAACAAACCAUUAAAGGACUUUGCUUGGUGUAAUUACAAGUACAAGUUGUGUUUGGAAGGAAAAUUAUCCAAUGCUUGAAAUUUUGCUUGCACAGAAUUUGGGCUGUGAAAUGAGAAACUUUAUGGCUCCAAAGUUGCAAAAAUGUUGUUUUCAGAAGCAUUCCUCUUUCUUUCCCUCUUUUCAUUUACAAACAGUUCAUGAAAAAAGGUAAAAAAAAAUAUUUUAUUCCAACUUCAUGGCUUUAUGUAUAAACCCAGAUGAGAAAAAGUUGGGGCAGUUUGGAAAACACAAAUAAAAAAGGGAACGCAAGUAUUCUUACGGUUACUUUGACUUUUUAAUUCUUUGCAGUCAGUUUUAACCCAAAUUAUUUUAAACGUUUCUCUGAUUAACUUAUUUAAAUUUAGUAAUAUACAUGCAUUUUUGUAUUCCAGCCCUGCAACACAUUUUGGAUACAUUUAGACAGUAAACCUUUUUAGCACUUUAUAACAUUCUUUCACACAAUGCUGGAAGGCAAGUCAAGGUGCGUUUAUUUGUUUAGCACAUUUCAGCAACAAGGCAAUUCAAGGUUCUUUACAUAAUAAAAAAAGUGGCCAUCUAUGCUGCUCAAAGACUCAUAGAUAUUUCAUUAGUUCAAGUUCUCAUUACAAUCACAUGUUGAUGUCACCUGUUUGAUGUAACACCAAAAAUAGAAAUGCAAAAAUUGAUGUACAUGAAGAGUAUCUGUGUAGUUGUCAUUAUUUUCUGAUUUGGGGUUUCAACUUCUGACUGCACCAAAUUCUCUCUCAAACAUUUUCACUGUGACUGAAGAGUGAUGGGGGUGUGUGGUUCUGUUUGUGUUUGACGGGAGAAAGCAUAAAGUACUUUUUUUAGUUCUCA